AAUCUCGGGUCCCUAGCGGAUCAAUUUCCCUCUCUUUGAAACGCCAAAUUCUAGUUCUCACCACCACCAAGCUCUCCUCCUCCGUUCACCGAAUUGGGCCUAGGGUUAGGGUUCGAGAUGGAGAGGGCGGCGGCGGAGCUCAGGAUCUUCAACUCGAUGACGAAGGAGAAGGAGGCGUUCAGGUCGAAAGAGGAAGGGAGGGUGGGGAUGUACGUUUGCGGGGUUACGCCCUACGAUCUCAGCCACAUCGGCCAUGCUCGCGCCUACGUGGCGUUCGAUGUUCUUCAUAGGUACCUGAAAUAUUUGGGUUAUGAAGUUAAAUACGUGCGCAACUUCACGGACAUUGAUGACAAGAUUAUUAAAAGAGCAAACGAGGCAGGUGAAAAUCCAUUAAGUUUGAGUAACCGGUUUUCCAAUGAAUUCCUGAAGGAUAUGGCUGAACUGCAAUGCCUGCCACCAACACAUGAGCCUCGUGUGUCUGAUCACAUGGACCAGAUAAAAAAUAUGAUAACUAAGAUUAUUGAUAACAAUUGUGGCUACGUCGUUGAGGGAGAUGUCUACUUCUCUGUGGACAACUUUCCCGAUUACUGCUGCUUGUCUCGGAGGAAACUGGAUGACAACCGUGCAGGUGGAGGUGGACGUGUCACCAUUGAUACAAGAAAGAAAAAUCCUGCAGAUUUUGCUUUAUGGAAAUCUGCAAAGCCUGGAGAGCCAAGUUGGGAAAGCCCGUGGGGCCCCGGAAGACCAGGAUGGCAUAUAGAGUGCAGUGCCAUGAGUUCGCACUACUUAGGCCCAUCAUUUGAUAUUCACGGUGGAGGAAUGGAUUUGAUAUUUCCUCAUCAUGAAAAUGAAAUUGCACAAAGUCGUGCUGCUUGUCCUGAGAGCAAAGUAAAUUAUUGGAUGCAUAAUGGCUUUGUUAACAAGGACAAUCAAAAGAUGUCCAAAUCAGAUAACAACUUUUUCACAAUUCGUGAUAUUAUUGCAAGUUAUCAUCCAUUGGCUCUAAGAUUUUUCUUAAUGCGCACCCAUUAUCGGUCAGAUGUUAAUUAUUCUGAUAGGCAGCUGGACACAGCAUCUGACCGUGUCUUUUACAUGUACCAGACUCUACAUGAUUGUGAAGUGGCAGUAGCACCUUUUCGUGAUGUAAUAAACUCUAAAACUCAAGUCUCUGCUGAAGCCCAGAAACUAGUCAAGGAAUUCCAUGAAGAUUUCCUCGGUUCUAUGUGUGAUGAUUUGCAUACAGCUAUUGUUUUGGAUAAGCUUGAGAACCUACUGAAGGCAAUAAAUGGCACUUUGAAAAAGUUCAAGGGAAAGCAGCAGCAGCAACGGUUGUUUAAAGAUCUUAUUGCGUAUGAAAAAGAAGUCAAAAAUGUUCUUGGUACUCUAGGCCUUGUGUCUUCUUCCCCUUGUUCUGAGGUUUUGGAGCAACUUAGAAAGCUUGCACUUAAGAGAGCAGGGAUUACAGAGGAACAGGUUAAGGAGAAGAUUGAGGAGAGAAGCUCAGCAAGAAAGCACAAAGAAUAUGACAAAUCUGACAUGAUUCGAAAAGAGCUGUAUGCAAAGGGCAUUGCCCUGAUGGAUGAACCCCAGGGAACAACUUGGAGACCAUGUGAACCUCCUGAGUAGCAACUCAACAAUUGAGAAUGUGAAAACAUUCUAAAAUUUCUUUUAUCUGAUCUAUAUCCGAUUUUGACAGACAUGGAUAUGAUAUUUUUCUUAUCAAGGCAUAUCUAUAUUGGUAACAUAACCAUGAGUUGGUUGGUAAGUGGAUAUGGAUAUCGAAACUGUCAUAUUUGAUCCAUAUCCGACACGUUUGCACCGAGAGUCCAUUAAACUAGUCACAGUGAGAGUUCAUACAUUUUGUCUUUCACUGUUAUCCAUAUAGGUUGAGACAAUUUUAUCCGAGUUGUUAGAUGAUAUUGUAAUUUAUUUACUUCUUGAUUUUUACCAGCUGUUAAUUUAACUCUAUAGCAUUUCGCUUUC